AUGAGUUGCUUUCCGCGUCAAUCGGAAUGUUGCUGCUGUUCGUCUUGUUGUCCUUGUUAUAAUUACAUGGCCGAUUGCUCCAGCGUUCGGCGAAAUCGAUCCUGCAGCGAUUGUUUUCCCACGCGGCUUAGUCCGGAUAUGCAAAUACCCGCUAAGAAAACUAAGUCGAGACCACUUUCCAACAAACCUUCGAUGCCUAAAUUAAAUGGAAAACGCGCUUCGCAAGUUAAAAAUGGACAACGAAUAAACCUUCCAGCAGCUGAUGGUGGGCCCAGCAUAGACCCUAGAAGUAAACCUAAAUGCCAGAGCGAUCCCAAGCAGACGAAAAAUAAACAAAACUUUCAAUACCAAAAUUUAAAGAAGCAUAUGGAAGUGAUCAGCGAGGAAGCAGAGCACGAUUCCGAUGACGACGGACAAUUUAGCAGCAAAAAGAUUCAAAAUUCGUGUGCUGACUUUCUAACUAUUGUGCAUGAUACUGUUUUAGAGACCGUGCAGAGUUCCGUCGAAUGUAUGUUGCGCAAUUAUUUUGUGCAUACGAUGGAAAAAAUGGAAACACUGUGUUCGCAGAUGAUGAGAAAUGAAUGUCUGCUUAGCAAAAUGUAUUUGGAUAUUUUAGACAAAUUUUCCCAGCAAAACGAAAAAAGUAUGCGACAUUUGAAAUUUUUGUGCCAGUUCAUUGCCGAAACGCAGAAGGAAACCAGCGAGGAGCGAGCACAAAACCAGAGAUGCAAUUGCCAGAAUUGUGGUAGUGCCGAAGAAGAGUUUGUGUCGUUGGCUGGAGAACAAGUGUUGACAAAGGGCCGUCCUCUUUCCGGGAGUCUGAGUUCCAACAGCAAUCGUAAUGGGGACCAGAAUGUAUACAAGGGAGAACAAAAUUCCGGGCUCCAUCGCGAUUCCGACACUGAACCGAAAACUGAUUCACCUCUUACAAGCAGCACAAACUCACUACCACAUGCCAAAUUUAAAUCGUGCGAAAUACCACACAGCAAUACCAAUAAAGGCAACGAAGAAAUUCGCGAAAAUAUCGGAAGGAUAAGCGAGUAUUCGGACUCAAAGCAGUUAGGGAAUUCCAAUGGUCAUCGAAAUUCUGAGCUGCCAAGGAUUGCAGGUAAUUGCCAAACAGAGCGGUACGCAAAUCGAAUGGAGGGCGGUCGAUACUUUACUGUUAAAACAGGGCCAAGCAAUGCAGCCAUGUUGAAGAUGCAACCAUAA